AAACCCUAAUUCUUCGAGUUUCUCUCCUCUGGUGGUUUCAGUUGUUCUUCCAGCUUUCAGUUCCGUAGCUGUGUAUUCUCUCUUUCGUUAGUCUUCUUGUUUGAUACGGAAUCGUCUCUGCUUCUAGCUUCCUCAAAAUUAGGUUCUUAGUCUAGCUCUGUGUUGAUUCGUGUGUCCUUUUGUUCAUACAUCGUCUUUUAUGUGCUAGAUAACGAGUAUUGUAGAAUUGAAAGAACGAUUUUUUUGUCUCAAUUAACAAAAAAACUACUCGGAUGUUGGUCAGAACCAUUAAAAUACACCUACUGUUGAGCUAGAAGCAGUUCAAAUUUUGUUUUCAGUGUAUUGUAGCAAUGGAGAUUGAUAGAGAAGAUGGAAGAACACCAAAUCAGCUGAGACCUCUUGCUUGUUCCCGUAAUAUCCUUCAUCGUCCUCAUGGCUCUGCUAGUUGGUCACAAGGGGAUACAAAAGUUCUAGCUGCGGUUUAUGGACCUAAAGCAGGAACGAAAAAGAACGAAAAUGCUGAGAAGGCUUGUUUUGAAGUCAUAUGGAAGCCUAAAUCCGGGCAGAUUGGAAAAGUUGAAAAGGAGUAUGAGAUGAUAUUGAAAAGGACGAUACAGAGUAUUUGUGUUUUGACUGUUAAUCCAAAUACCACCACCUCAGUGAUAAUUCAGGUUGUGCAUGAUGAUGGUUCUCUUCUACCAUGUGCGAUAAAUGCAGCAUGUGCAGCGCUUGUCGAUGCAGGAAUCCCUAUGAAGCAUCUGGCUGUUGCUAUAUGCUGUUGCCUGGCUGAGAAUGGAUAUCUCGUACUCGAUCCAAACAAGCUUGAAGAAAAGAAAAUGACGGCCUUUGCUUAUUUAGUCUUUCCAAAUACAACUCUCUCUGUUCUUCCGGAAGGGUCAUCAGUAGCGGAAGGCGAGCCAGUAGAGCAUGGGAUCAUCACAUCAAUUACACAUGGAGUAAUGUCAGUGGACGAUUAUUUCCUGUGUGUAGAGAACGGCCGUGCUGCUACGGCUAGUUUAUCUGCAUUUUUUAGAAAGAACUUCCAACAAAGUUCAUCCAAGGCUGGGUAAAAGCACAAAUUCAUAAUGGUUUGCAUGAGAUUUUGAAACGGUUUCAUAUUACUCCUGUUGUAGCUUUGAUAGAAUCCUUGUCGUCUAUGUGUCUAAUCAAAAAUCAAAAGCUAGUGGCCUAUUAUCUAGUAUCAUUAGAUAUGUGAACAGAUGAACCUCGUAUCUUUAAUACAAAUGGUAGCCAUGGUCAGAGCUAUUGAUUCAUCACUUGUCUUGACAAUUUUUCAGCCCGUGGGGAUCAGAUUCGAGUCAAUUAUAAAGAACAUGUUCAUGG